GGCGGACUGUACAACUCGCUGUGAACUCGCUCAGGGCAGUUCUAUGUUAAAACAGCAGUGUCUGUUAACAUUCGUGGGGUGGGGCCUGUGGCUAAAGUGACGUCACAUUACCAGGGAUCUGGAAAGGCUUGUUCUGAGGCACAGCUUAUGAUUUAUUGGGAUUUAAAAAAAAGGAGUGGUUGGAUUUUUACCAUUAUAGGGUGAUUGUGUACACACAAUGUCAACACCAUGCAAAAGUGAAUUUUGCAUAAAUUUAGCAUUUUUUUAUGGCAUAAUUUUCUACAUAUGUAUUUUCAAACAGUGUAUUUUUUGUUCUGAAUUCUUAGACUGCAAAUAUUCACUUCUUAAAAAUACAGCUUCAAGUUUUCAACAUGAAUAACAAAUUCAAAACACCAAAUUCAAUAUUCUAAAAUUCAAAAUGCAGAAAUUCAGAUCGUACUGAAAAUAGGUCAGAGGUCCAACUUCCGGGUUCCACAGGGAAGAGUAGAGGAUCUCGGAAAAGUUGAACGUUGCAUUUUGGCCAAUUACAGAACAAUAAUUCUCAGCAUGCCAGACAUUUAUCUCUGGGGGUCUCUGCUAUUCCUAUUUGUUUUAGUAUAAAGUAUAUUUAGUAUGGAAGUGAUUAGCAUGCGUAACAGUCACACAUAACUCUAUAAUUACUAUAUUUCUGCUGUAUUCUGUUAUCGAAGUUGGAUGUUAGGAUAUUUCACUCGCUGGCGUUUUCAGCUCAAGAACAUCACAAAUGAUCAUUCAGAUAUGUGUAACAUAGCAGGCGCGAUUACAUGAUUUAUUUCCACUCAAUAUCAUGCAAAUUGUAUGCUUAUUAAAUUAAAUCUGAAGGGAUGUGUCUGUAACCUAUUAAAAAUACCAUGGUAGCCUGUUCAUGGUCACAUCGCACCUGCUGCGCUUCUGUAAACGGAGAAAAACAGAUUAAAUUAUAGCCUGUAAAAGGAAUAGGUCUAAACAAAACAUAGGCUAUGUUACUCCAAUUAAUUACCAGACAGGAGAGUUACUAAAUUAACAUUGGUGGACUUGAACUUAAAAAAUGGUGUGUGUUGAUGUCUUUCUUUUCUGCAUUUAAAACAACAUACCUUCUAAUGUUAAUUCAUGUUUAUUACCAGUUGGAAUAGAUGAUCAGUUCACGUGCCACUUGAACUAAGACACUACAGUGAUCUGCCACGACAAAUUAAAGAGCCACAAAAUGGGCUUGAAUGGUUUUCCACAAGAAUGUAAACAGACAGAGGAUCUAACUAAUGGGCACUCCAAAUGCACAACUAUCCUGAAUGGAUUGACUCCAGGUAAUGGCAUCAAAGAGAAUGGCAACGUGAAUGGCAAUCCUUAUCUCAAAACUGUCCCAAUCUCAGCACUAAAACAGAAUGGACUCUUGCAGUCUCUGGCAGCAGGAGGCAGUCAGACUAAAACGGAAGAGGUGAGCUUGGAGGUGGAGCGAGCACAAGAGGAGUGGGAUGCCCUGGAGAGCAUCCAACCAGUUCUUGCUGAGGAUCUCACUCCAUCACCACUGAUCUCCUUCAAUGAGGCUCUGCAGCAUUUUCAGACCACUGAUCUUGGAGACCUGCUUAAGAACAUUCAGCCCACCAUUCGCAGGACUGGAUUGGCUGCCAUCACCCAUUUCCUGUUCGGGCCUCCACGCCUACACAAAGACCUUGUAGAGGAGAGAGACUUAGUGUUUGCCAUUGCACAAUGUUCCCUGGAUAAUGGACAGCCAGUGCACAUGCGUGUACUCCAGACCAUCUACAGGAAACUGACUUGCACUCGAGCAGACUGCCCUCGCUAUGGACCACACUGGGAGAAUGUGGGCUUUCAAGGUUCAGACCCUGCUACAGAUCUAAGGGGAACUGGUUUUCUGGGUCUGAUGCACACUCUUUACUUCGUCAUGGACCCAGAGAUACUACCACUUGCUAGAGACAUCUACAGACUCUCUCAGCAUCCAGUCCAGAAUUUUCCGUUCAGUGUGAUGUCAAUCAACAUGACCCGAAUCGCCCUGCAUGCUCUUAGAGAGGAAGUGCUGUCCAAGGAGUGUAACCGAAGGCAACAGGUUGUAGCUGUGCUGAAUGAUUUUUAUGUUGCAACAUUCCUGCACCUCUACCAGCUGUGGAAGAACCAGCAGAAAACUAUCUCGGAUUCUGGCCAUGUACUCAAAGAAGUGGAGCUUUUUGCUAAGAAGAACCCCAAGCAAAUUCUCAAACGUCUCGAGGGCUACCUGAAGGAGCGACGUGCUGGGACAGGACACCGAACAUCACCUGACACACUAUCACAUAGCAACGCUUCGCCUGGUGACAGUGGGUCUCAAGCAGGGAGUCAAGGCGGGAAGGAAGGGAAAGAGAUAAAUUUCACUGGAGUGUGUGAGCUGCCACCUGAAAUGGAGGGCGAGGCGAGACUCAUCUGAGAGACAUAGAGGCAUUUGAUUUGUACAGUCUUGACUAUCUCUCAUGCUCUAACUUGGUCUUUCUCUGUUUCUUUGUUUCCUUUCUGUCCUUUCUUGCUCAAGUACACUCAAAAACAAGUCUAUGUUGUAAUUGUAGUUGCUAUAAAACUCUUUACUGUCUUCUGUUCUCUUAUAGUACCUAUUGGCUCUUUAAUGCUUUUUCUGAAAAAGAACAGGAGAUUUAGUUGCCAACUAUCAGUUUAAAAGGAGAAUCUUAGAAUUAACUGCCUCAGUGGCAGCAGGUUGUCUUGAACCUGUCAGGAAGAAAGAGACUUUAUUUAUAGGCCUCAUGGGUGUGCAGUUGCAGAAGCAAGCCAGUGCUUCUGCGACUGUGGUAUUGAGUGAGAAUGACUUCCUGUGUGAAGGCCUGACUAAUUAGGCAUGUAUUUGAUUGAGACUAGUCAAGUGAAAGCCUUGUGGUCCGCAUGGUCAUUUGAACAUGUUCACUGUGACCGAGUCAAUGCUCAAGAAAGUUGGCAGAGUUUAUAUUGAUGUUGGCUCUUUACUCUUCACUGUUGAAAAAUGGAACGAGGUAUCAAAACAUUGGAUGGAAAUAGCCUCAAAAGGCCAAAGUUUUUUUUGUCCCUUUAGAGAGAUAAAUGUCACAAUAUGAUUCAGAAAUUUUCUGACAUGUUUCUGUUGGCAGGAACUCUUCAACAAGAGCCUGAAAUUGUAAAGUCAGGGCAUCUUUUUGAUGGGAAAGUGCAUUUUAGUGAUCUGUAGACCAAAAUGUAUGAAUGUGUGAGUAUCUAUUUCGCAGUUCUGUUACAAAGCUAAUGUUGACACUUGCAGACUGAUUACUAUUAACAGAAUUUUCCUUAUCAGCUAAAUUCUGUUUGAGCUUUGAGCUUAAAUUAGGGCAGUAAUCAAAGUUAAAUGUGAUAUUUGGAGGUGUUGUGCUUGUCUGCAUGAAGCAAAAGCCUACGUUUUCUCUAAUUACAGCAGGUACAUUCCAAUUUUAAGUAGUCAUAACGUGACUUUGGACGUGUUGUGGACGAGAGUGAGGAUGAUCCCAUGGCGAAAAACUUGUGCUGGGUCAUUUCUAGUAUCCUAGACGAGCCCCAAAUAUGUUGUUGAUCCUUAUGCCAGAAAUAAUCCUAAAAAAAAUUGUUAUCGGUUACUUGUUAUGACAUUUCUUAUGCGGUACAGCUUUCUCAAGCUGUCUACUAGCUUGUCCUGAGAGAAUAGAUGGUUUAUUUUUAAACUGUUGGACAGUGAUUAGAUCGUUACAGCUCCAGGAAGCACUUUUAGCAAUGAAAGUGUGUAAACAAGGCUUAUUAGGGAUAAUUGUGUCUGGUUUAAAAAACGUUAGCCAGGAAGCUGCAGGUCAUUUAAGCUGUAUGUUAUAAGUAACCUAACGAUUAUUUCUUUCAGAAUUGCAUGAGACGCGUCGAAAACUUCAGUAUCAAAAAGUGAAUCACUUUAGUGAACUUCUUGCACCUAACAUACAGCAUUCAAAUAGACAUGUGAGACCUGUUGAUAGUGUAGUCAAGUACACCGUGAGACUUGUUGAUUUAAACACAAAAAAAAGUAGAAUACCUUAUUUACUGUUGAGCCACAUCAGGUUAGUGCAGAAAAUAGUUGAGAAUUUGAUGUAUUUUUGUCAUUUGCGUCUUGUUCUCCUUAGUCCAGGUCCAUUAAAGAUGUGAGGGUUGCAACAGUCAUGUAAACUGACAGUGAUGUACUGUACAUUUUGGAAAAAAACUUGAUGGGGAAAGUCUUUCCUCCCUUUGCAACCCUAUCCUGCACUCUCGUCUUGUUAGCAUGUCAGGUAGCGCUAGAGAUGUAGCAUCCAGGAAUCGUUGUUUUAAAUUCCUUGUUAAAAAAGCUUGUUAAAUCUAACUCGGUAUGGUUGCAUAUGUUUGUCUAAGUUACCUAGUCCAAAGUGUUGUUGUACGAUAUGAGUACAGUGCGUUCUGUAUGUUUCAGGUUUAAUUUUACGCUCUUGUUUUAUUCUUUUGUAGUUUUUUCUUAAACGACACAUGAAUAUAAAUACUCAGUGGAUGUAUAUUAGAAGUCCUGUCACUUUAGCCAGUUUAAUUUUAUAUAAAGCAGAGUAGUAUUUUAUAAACUUGAAUAAGAGCAAAGCAUGAUGGGAAAAAGAAUGUUUAUAUACAAAGGCAAAUCACCCUUUCCUGGGUUAUUUAAUAGUUUGGCUGGUUUGUAUUAAUUUAGAUAAGCCGGUUCAACACUUUCAUAAUCCUAUAUAUCCGAGUGAAUUCAGUGCAGUUGUAAACUCCAUGGCAAGCAUUAAUGUGUUUCCUACCCAGUGAUCUGUUUUCCACACUGACCUGCUGAAAGCAAGAGUGAAUUUUAUGAUGUUGCGUGAUAGUAUGUCGGCUAAUUUCAGUGUCAAACGGUUGAGAGGAGACACAAAUGUUGUCAAGUGAGAGUACUGCCUAAAAAAACGCUGGAAAGCGCACAUUUGCAUUUCCUUCUGUUGUAGGAUAUUUCAAGCUGUCAUGUGCAGUUACUAACUGGUGCAACUCCUCAAAAGUGUGAUUCUAUCUUGCAUACUACAGUAGCUCAAAACUUCUUAUGAACAAUCAAACCUACAAAUCAAGCAAUCAUCCUGAUCAUGAUAUGAGCCUGGUUUGGCACCUUUUCUUGUAUAUGUGUGCACAAUUAGUUGUUUAGUGGUUGUUUUGCUGUUUUUUUUUUUUUUUUUUUUUUUUUUUUUUAUAAAGGAGAGGGUGGUCUGUAUGUGUGAUUUUAUAUAUAUAUAUAUAUAUAUAUAUAUAUAUAUAUAUAUAUAUAUAUAUAUAUAUAUAUAUAACAAAGUUAUAUGAUUGUAACAUUAUGAUUGUUACCGGGGCAUAUUAUGCAUACCUCAGGCUUCAGACAAAUCUCUUCUGGGCAGACAUUUUAUUGAGGACAGCCAUGAUCCCAUGUCGUAGCACAAAAUGGUGUGGUGUCUCUUGCAGUAAUCUACCUAGCUUGGGAAUGUACUGUAUGUAUAUGUAUGUACACUAAUGCAGCACUGCAAAAUAUUGACUUAUACAGUAUAUAUUUCUAUAGCCCAUGUUUGUGAAAACUGUAGUCUUACACGCUGAAACGCAACCGAACCUUCUCUGGAGGAUGUUUUUAACAAUCUUAAUGGUUUGACGUCAAAACAAAUCAGAAGAUUUUGUGGCCUUUGGUAUUUACUGUGCUUUUGUGAAUGGUUUUUUGCAGCGUUACAAUGUCAAAAACGAUUCACUCUACUAUGGCACAAUGUAACAAUAUUUGUUUGGACCAAAAGGAACAUUUGUGGGUUUGAAGCUGGUUUGGGGGUCAAGCUCUUUUAAUGAGAAACCUUGCCGUCCUAAAUGUUAGAAUCUCUCCGUUAUGAUUUUGUGUGUUUUAGAAGAAAGCAUUCCACAAUACUCCAUCUAUCUGGCCUACAGAGAUGACAUUUAUUUCUUGAGAAGAUACAAACCCAAAUGUCCAAUUUGAUUCAUUGAGUUGCCCUGAAUCAAAUUACAGUAAGUCCAAAAUAUCCUGCACUUCAUUUAAAGAUGCAUCAUUAUUGUCUGUUAUGAUCCUUCAGAGCAUUUUAUUAUAUCUGAACCUUGAUUGUAGAAUCCCUAUUUUAUAAUGAAAAUAUAUUUCAGAAUAUAUGCGGUGGUACAGUGAUGUAUCGUAUGAAGAGUAAUAAAUAAAUGCAACUUUAAAAAA